GAAAAAUGAACUACUCAAAGUUUCAAAGUAAGCCCUCUUCCUCCUGAAUCCGCAUUUCCUCCAUCUGUAAUCGAAGCAGAAAAUCGCAGACCGACGGAGAGGACGACGAACAAUUGUAGAAGAUGGGAACAUUGGGAAAGACAAUCUACACUGUCGGAUUCUGGAUCAGGGAGACCGGCCAAGCCCUCGAUCGCCUUGGUUGCCGCCUCCAAGGGAAUUACUACUUUCAGGAACAACUAUCUAGGCAUAGGGCGCUCAUGAACAUCUCUGACAAGGCUCCUGUGGUUGACAAGGAUGCAUUUGUGGCUCCUAGUGCAUCUAUCAUUGGUGAUGUGCAGGUGGGACAGCGGUCCUCCAUUUGGUAUGGGUGUGUUUUGAGGGGUGAUGUUAACAGCAUUAGUGUUGGUUCUGGAACCAACAUACAAGACAACUCUUUAGUUCAUGUGGCAAAAUCCAAUUUGAGUGGAAAGGUUUUACCAACUAUCAUUGGAGAUAAUGUUACCGUUGGUCACAGUGCUGUGUUACAUGGAUGUACUAUUGAGGACGAGGCAUUUGUGGGGAUGGGAGCAACAUUGCUAGAUGGAGUCUACGUUGAGAAACAUGCAAUGGUUGCUGCUGGAGCACUUGUGAGGCAGAAUACAAGGAUCCCAUGUGGAGAGGUAUGGGGAGGCAAUCCAGCAAAAUUCCUGAGGAAGCUUACAGAAGAAGAGAUGGCCUUCAUCUCCCAGUCAGCCAUGAAUUAUUCCAACUUAUCACAGGUUCAUGCAGCUGAAAAUGUAAAGAGCUUUGACGACAUUGAGUUUGAAAAGGUUCUUCGCAAGAAGUUCGCUCGUCGUGAUGAAGAGUAUGAUUCAAUGCUGGGCGUUGUUCGAGAAACCCCCCCAGAGCUUGUCCUUCCAGAUAACAUACUGGCUGACAAAGUACCAAGAGCUUCUUAAAAAGCACCAAUUUUCUAAUGUAGGUGUCCACUCAUAAAGUUCUUGCCCUUUGCAAUGUUAUGCUGAUAUCCAAAACAACGCGACCUUCAUCUCAAAUAAUACAUGGAGGUUGGAUGAAAGAGCAAACGGCAUAGGUCACAAACCAUGUCCUACGGCUGCAACUCUAAUCAAUCAUCCUCUCUGAAACCCCAUUUUUCUUCAUCUUGAAGCAGCCCUUGGAUUUAUUUCCAGGUUUUGAUAAUUUCUCUCACUGUUCCUUUUUGGAAAUAAAGAACUAUGGAAGAAACAUGUGUUAACUUAUGGAUUAAAUCUAUUUCACUUCGACUUGCUUCCCUGAUUCUUAAUGGGUAUCUAAGUAAGCAUUUGUUUUUCCUC